GCGCUGAGGCUCCAGAAUGCGCAGUUGUCACAGCAGGCCGAGCAGAUGCAGCAGCAGAAUGUUCAGAUCCGGACGGAGCUCGCUCGACAGGUCCAGGCGCAGGGAGAUCUACCGCGUCUGGCAGAGCAGCUCGGAGAUGCGGUGCAGAAGCUGUCGGAUGAGCGAAAGGAGAGGUCUUCUGCGCCAGCCUUUUCCCUUGUAGACACCAAGGGGCUAGGCAAGCCCUCCAUCUUUAAGAAUGAGGAAGCAAAGUUCCUGGAGUGGUACCGCAAGACGAAUGCGUACCUCACGGCAGUCUUCGGAGAGCAGUUCCUCAAGCUGCUGGAGUGGGUGGAGGAUCAGGCGCAGGAGACCACGGUUAUCAGCAUGGAGGUUCUGGAGGCACGGUUCGGCAGCGACGACGAUGAUGAAGAUGAAUUCAUUCCAGACCUCCGCGAGAAGGUCAGCCAACUGUAUGUUGCACUCCAGACGCUGACAGAAGGUGAGAGCUUCGCCCUAGUGAUGAACACUCUCAAGGGCAACGGCGCUGAGGCGAUGAGGAAGCUCAUCAGACGCUGGGACCCCGCUUCGGGGGGCAAGCGCCGUGUGCUCUUGAAGCAGAUCAUGAACCCGCAGCGGUGCACCCUCAGCGACCUGUACGCCAAGCUCGAGGAGUGGGAGGAGCUCAUCCGCCGGUACGAGAGAAAGAAGGCAGACGGCCUGGGCAAGGUGGUCGAUGACGACGUGAAGGUUGCAGCCUUGGAGACGAUGGUGCCGGAAGAGCUCGAACUCCACCUCGCGAUGAACAAGCAUCGGUUGGACACGUCGGAGAAGGUCGUAGAGGAGAUCAGGAGUUUCCUGGAGUCGAGACAGUCGCAAGGUGCCCUACUCCGACGGAAGCGAGGUGACCCAAUGGACGUGGACUCGCUGUACAAAGGAGGCAAGGGCAAGUCCAAAGGUAAGGGUGACAAGAACGGCAAGAAGGGCCAGACCACCAAGCCGCGUGACAAGCGGACGGUGCAGUGCUGGCGAUGCAGCGGCUGGGGCCAUACGUCUAAUGAGUGCACAGCCCGCCUGCCUGGCGGGAAGACCGGCGACGGCAAGGGCAGCAAAGGCAAAGGCAAGGGCAAGGACGCAGACAAGGACAAAGGCAAGGGCAAGAAUCGCCGCUGGGACACCAACUCCUUCGAGCCCGGUGCCGCGUCGAGCUCGAGCCAGCCGGUCUACACAGACAACUGGGACGACGGCAACCACAGCACGAUCACCAGCCUACCGCCUUCAGCGAGCCAGGUGGGUUCCACGAACCUUGGCUCCUUCGAGCUGUGCACGCUCGAGCUCAACAGCUUCGACGAGACCGUCGACGACCAGGAGUGGAUCAGGUUCACGUUCGACUCGGGCGCGGCCGUUGCCACCUUCCCCGAGAACACCAAGGGCGAGCGGCUCCCGGCCGAUCCGAAUGCGAGCUAUCGGACGGCCAGCGGUGAGAUCAUAGCAGACUCGGGCGGUGUAUGCCUCCAAGUGCGAUCCGAGUGGAGCGAGCCGAUCAGACUGAAGGCACGCCUAGCCAGCAUCCACAAGCCGCUGGUCUCGGCCUCGCAGACUCACCGCACGGGCCGGGCCACAUGGCUGACGAAGGAGGGUGGCUACAUCCUCCCGGCCGGCUCGGACAUCGUGAACCGCGUCGACGCUCUCAUUCGUGACGCUGUGUGGAGUGAGUCGGGCGUGGUGCCGCUGUAUGUUGAGAAGGGCGUCUACGCAGGCUACAUCAAGCAGAACGAGGAAGGCCACGUCAGGAGAGUCACGUUCGGCGACCACCGCGAGAGCUGGGACUUGUGUCCGGUCGAAGUCGCGCGCCGUGGCAGGGCGCCGACGCAGGCAGAGCGGGAGCAGCACUUGGCAUCGGGACACGCGGUCUACCGCUCGUGGUGCGAGGAGUGCGCGCGGGCAGCCGGCCUUGGCGCCCAGCACGCCAGGCGACCCGAGGAUCGUGAUGACGCCGAUCCGGUCGUCAGCAUGGACUUCGCCUUCGUCGGGGAGAAGGUCCCGGACGUGGAGGACGACGGCUCCAUCCCCAUCUUAGUGGUGACGGACCGCAAGUACGGCAUGAAGGGGGCGACCGCCGUCAAGGACAAGACUGCGUCCGACUUCGUGGUCAAGUGGCUCGUGGGCUUCUUGAAGCACCUCGGGCACCGCCGUGUCGUGCUCAAGUCCGACGGCGAGGCGAGCAUCUGUGCGAUCAAGAAUGCAGAGAUGGUUGGUGUGGGCCAGCAUGUCGAGUGCAUCCCGCAGGAGUCGCCCAAGGGCGAGCACAAGAGCAACGGCGAGGUCGAAGCCAGCGUGAAGGAGGUGAAGAAGGUCAUCCGAGCGAACUUCUUCUCCAUGCAGAAGUCCUUCGGCUUCGAGGUCUCGCCCGGGCAUCCCAUCGUCAGGUGGCUGCCCCAGUUUGCCGCGGACUCCAUCUCCAAGUUCAGGCUCGGCGUUGACGGCAUGUCGGCCGAGCAGCGGAGGUGUGGCCGCCCCUGGAGGAAGUUCGCGGCGGAGUUCGGCGAGAGGGUGCACUAUCGACCUCUCGGAGUCGGAGACGAGAGGAGCACGCUGGCCCCCAAGAUGCUCAUGGGGCACUUCGUGGGCUACCACUCGCGGACAGGCGCGCUGCUCGUCAUGACGCAGUCGGGCGUGGUGCGGGCCCAGGGCUUCAAGCGCCUACAUCGAGCCCAGGCAUGGUCGCCGGAGACGCCCGGGUCAUGGGGCAAGCUUGCUGGACUGCCGUGGGAGGUUUCCCCCGCGGUGUUGCUCGCGCAGCCCGUGGGCCCGAUCAUCGUGACUAGAGACACGCAGGAGGACCACGACACCGUGGUCAGGAGACGCUACGUACUCAAGAAGGACAUCGAACGCUUCGGAGCUACUCCGGGGUGUCCAGGCUGCGCGGACCUCAUGGCAAGGGGGUCGGCGCGGGUCGCGCACUCCCAAGAGUGCCGCGAUCGCAUCGAGGCCGAGCUGAUGAAGGACUCGGCAGGCCAGCGGAGACUGGCGGAGCACCACCUGAGGGCGAGUGCUCGCGAGGCUCAGGCGGAGGAGAGCGCGGCGCAGCCGGGGCCCCAGCCUGGAGCAGCCGCAGCCAGCGGCGGAGGAGCCGCUGCGGCCAGCAGCGGAGGAGGCGCCGCGGCAGGACCCGGCGCAGACGUGGCCAUGGCAGGUCCACGUGCAAGCGCCCCGGCGACGCCACAGGCAGCAUCGAGGAAGCGUGCUGCGAGCGUGUCCGCCGAGGAGCGCCGCCCGCCGCAGUUGCGAGACGGGCCGAGAGGGCUCAAGAGAGCUGGGAGCGAGCCGGACCUCCACGGGCAGAUGAUCGUGGACGGAGGCUCGAGCUCGUCGGCUGGACCGGCGAGCGCGGCAGUGUCCGCCGGGCUGGUGCAGCCCGCGCCUAGCCCAGAGGGGGCUAGAGGAGGUGGCGACAUGGAGGACUUGGCAGGACCAGCUGCACGAGCUGGCAGCUCCAUGGACGUCGGCGCCUUUGACGAGGUCAAGGGCAAGAUCUACAAGGAGAUCCUGGCGCUGGUGAGCGCCACGGACUUGAUCGGCGACAACGUCAUGUCGAUCGAGGAGCUGAAGGAGGUGUCCGCGCUGUUGACCGAGAUCAACGGGGUCGACCUCGCGGAGGUCUACUCGCCCGAGCGCUUCAAAGGGAAGGCGCUCGGCAUGGGCCUGACGGCAGGCCUCGCGGCGGACCUCUACACCGGCUGGGACUUGCUUCGCGAGGACCACCGCCGAGCAGUCAUGAAGAAGCUGCUGGAGGAGGACCCUCUCCUCACCGUGACCUCUCCGCCGUGCACGGUUUUCUCCAAGCUCAGGCAGCUCAGCAACUUCAAGCGGGACGAGGGCAUCGUGGCUUCCGAGGUCCUCGAGGGAGAGACACACCUGGA